CUAAAUAUAGGUUUGCGCUUAAUGUAACUCAGCUUCUUUUUGGGAAACAAAACUAGAUAUAUAUGGGCUAACAUGUCUCCAGUGUCCGAGAUGUAGAAGAUGGUCUUUGCCCUUUGUACUACUUUUGUCCUCUCUCUCUCUCUCUCUCUCCCUCUCUCCCAUAAGCUAGUCCAAAUAGUUUCAACUAUUUUUUCUUUUCUCUGCAUAUAAUUUUUCCCUUAAGCUGCGCCUCCUUUUUCUCUGUCUUUGUCUGAGUUUUCUUGUUAUGAACUCAUGCUCUGUGAAACUUUCAUAGGGUGGUGUUUUUUAAAGUAUGGAUUUUGGUGGGGUGAUGACAAUGGAAACCAUACAAGAAUCUGCUAAUAACAUUUCAAAAACAGUCAACUCUCCAACUGAGACUAACAACUCCUCAAAGAUCAGUAAUGGAUCUGGGCAACAACUGAAACAAGAGAGAUCUGGGCCUUGUGAUGACACUAAUUGGAGGCCUUCUAAAGUUCAAAGAGCAGCAGCAGAUGACUUCUCUGCCCUUUGUAAGCAGAUGCCCCAACAGCAAGGUCCUACUACUCCCACUUUGUUCAUGAGAUCUGGUUCCCCAAAUAAUGGACGUGGUCACUCCACUAUGCUCAGUUUUUCAUCUCCUAAGUCUGAAGAAUUAAUCCCUUUUCUUUCUACUAAUAAUGCUUCUGCUCAAGACUCAUCCAAGAGUCUUGCUUUCCCAUUGUUUGACUCUGGAUCCCACUACAGCAGAGCUUCAGCUUAUGCCUCUGGAGGUUCAAACGAAAGCACGCGUGGCCCUUUUGUUGCGAGGUUCAGAGGUCCAUUUACUCCUUCUCAGUGGAUGGAAUUGGAACAUCAGGCUUUGAUCUACAAGCACCUUGUGUCAAAUGUACCAGUCCCUCACCAGUUGCUUAUUCCUCUUAAGAAGUCUCUCAAUCCAUAUGCAUUUUCUGGCUUGUCCGCUGGAUCUUAUGCCUCCAAUUGUAAGAUUUUCACUUCCUUUACCAAGUGUUGACAUCAUCUGUGCCAAAACAGAACGUGUAUUUAUACCUGAUCCAUUAUAUAAGAGUCCUAAUAGAUUAUUGGUUUUGAGUAUAAAACUGUGCGUAACUGAUACAUGCAUAAUUAUGUGAGAAUCGAUGUGUUAUUUUAUAAGAUUAUGUGCAUAAGAUAAAACUAAGUGUUGCCUUUGGUGGCAUUGCAGUCACUACAUAUUAUUCAUUGCAUAGAUACCCAUGUAUCAUUAUUCACUGAAUCACAAUACAUAUAUUACUAUCUCUGCAUAGCAAGUCUGAAUCAAAUGACUCCUCAGAGCCUAAAACCUUGUUGCUUGUUUGGCUCAGGAUUUUGUUGUGGGGUUGCCAAUAUCUCUCAAACAAUUGGAACCGUUAAGCUGUUAAUGGAUUCUCUAAGGAUUUUGACUCAGUACUAAUCCAGUUCUAUUACUUAAUCCUCCAUAUCUACUUAAGUAUCUCUGUACGACUGUACCUGAAUUUGGGAUUCUCUUGCUAUGUUAUGUGGCAUCCUUUUGCACAUAGGUUUCACUAAUAAUAUACGUUUUUUUUAUCUAUGAUACACACUGUAUUUAAGAGCAUGAAGAACAUUCUAAAAUAAGUUGUUUUCUAUCAAUACUUAUUUGUGUGCUUGUCUCUUUUUCUUUUCAACUAUAAAUAAUCAAACUUAUGGCCUAUGAUAACUAAUUUCUCAGCUUUUAAUUAUUAAUAAAUUUCUGAGUUUAGUUUCUCUACCGUUUGUGCACAUAUUUGUUGAGUGUCCUCACACUCUAGGUGAUUUACAGACAUGUUUUCUAGGAAAUGUACAUAAGUUCUUUUAGUUUUCGAAGGGCUAGAGGAUACUGGUGCAUUGUAAGGGUUGACACUUUCUCAUAGUUUUUUUUUUUUUGACUUUC